GGUUUCUUAGUUGGCAUCCUUGACGAUAUAAUCCAAUAGAAAAGAUUGAGACUUCAGUUCAUGGCUCGACAUAACAGCCAACCACAAUCGUUGAGACGAAAUUUGAACGGCUGUAAUGUGAAUGGAGCUCUCGUUUUUUCCGGAGUGUAUUUGAACGUCAAAGCUUUUCACUGGAUUUUCUCUUAAAGUAAUUCAUAAAAGAAUAUCUUAAUCCAUGGCAUCAAUGGAACCAAAGCGUGUCCUGAAACCAAUAAACAGUGCCAGUCAAUUAGGAACUGGUGAGCAGCAUUUGAAAAAACAGCACGAAGAUAUAUCAUCAUCAGAUUUAAUAAGCCGAGGGUUGAAAACCGAACACUCAAAAGAAAACAUUGCUUCAAGUUCCAGUUUGAUGACAAGUGAUGCUGCAGCUGCAGCAGACGCUGGUAAAAUGAAAAAGUGGUCUCUUGACGAUUUUGAUAUUGGAAAGCCCUUAGGGAAAGGAAAGUUUGGUAAUGUGUACCUUGCCAGGGAGAAGCAAAGCAAAUAUAUUGUGGCUUUAAAGCUCAUGUUCAAAUCACAGCUACAAAAAGCAGGAGUUGAGCAUCAGUUAAGAAGGGAAAUUGAAAUUCAGUCCCAUCUACGUCACGAAAACAUUCUGAGAAUGUUUGGAUAUUUUCAUGACAAGACAAGAGUGUACCUAAUUCUAGAAUUUGCUCCAAGAGGAGAAUUGUACAAGGAACUGCAAAGAUGUGGUAGAUUUGAUGAAAAGAGAACUGCUACUUACAUCCAUCAGUUGUCAAGUGCCUUAACAUACUGUCACAGUAAGAAGGUCAUCCAUAGAGAUAUAAAGCCUGAAAAUCUUCUCUUGAGUCUUCGAGGUGACUUGAAGAUUGCAGACUUUGGCUGGUCUGUGCAUGCUCCUUCAUCCAGACGCACCACAAUGUGUGGCACUCUUGAUUACCUUCCUCCAGAGAUGGUGGAAGGCAAAACUCAUGACGAAAAUGUUGAUCUCUGGAGUCUGGGGGUUCUCUGCUAUGAGUUCCUUGUUGGGUCGCCACCCUUUGAGGCAGAAAAUCACUCAGAGACUUAUGCACGAAUCACUAAAGUUGACCUGCGAUUUCCAGAUUUUGUAUCUUCUGGUGCCCGUGACCUUAUUUCUAAACUACUACGUCAUGACCCCAAAAAGCGCCUACCUUUACAACAAGUGAUGACACAUCCCUGGAUUCUAGAGAACUAUACCCCUUCACACCAGACAGCAAGGUCAGGCCCUGCUGCCACUUCCUGAGCUCAGCUGACCAAGAUUAUUCUACCAGUUUCAUGGAACACUGGAACUAAUGGUUUAACCAUGUAGCCACUUGUUCACGUAAUUGUUUAGUAAAGCUUAUCAUUGGGAAUAUGUGAAUAUGGCACAUGCUUUUGGACAACUCAUUGAUCAGAUUAAACAGUACACAUUGCAACAUGUAAAAUAUGUGUAUGUGUGCAAGGGAGGAAAUUGUGAGGAAAUCAAUGAAAACAGUAGGGUUUUAAAAAUGUUGAUGCAUAACUUUAUUAACCAAAGCAGUUAAAAUGCUCUUGAAUAUUUUGUUUCUUUAAACCUACUUGAACUUAUCUUGUCUACCCAAUACCCCCACUCCCUUCCUUUCCAUUAAUAUGCAGUGAUCCAUCAGGGAAUGGUAUGUGAACAAAAUGAUGCAUGCCAACAUUUUUAUACAUAUAAACCAACCCUUUUCCACUAAUCUGCUUAACACCUGAAUGCCAGUAAUUUUACAUGUAACAGGUCCUUUCCAGUUAUUCUUAGUGUUUGACACUCAACGUGCAGCUAGCAAUUUGGCUAAGCAAAUCUUAUGAUCGUUUCAGCAACUAUUGGGAUUAUCCCAAAGUUGGACUAAUUUUUUUUUUUUCCAUUCAUAUUUCUCAGUUACUGUUCACUAUGGCUUUCGACUCAGGUACCAAGCUGAUGCACACAAGUUACUGUCCAUGCACUGUUUUAUAAACUUGUUCAGUCAUGGCCAAAUCCGGUCCCUGCUGUAUGCCACCUACUCGGAGUGUACUUUCUGUUAAAAAUAUUUACUAUAGGCUGAUGGAGCAAUGGUCUUAUGUGUGUGUAUAUAUAUACUAUGUAUUGAAUAAUCCACUAAGUUCAAAAAGUGACAUUUUCUGCUGUUGUUGAGAAACUACCAUCAUUAAAAAGUUAACAAAAUUUAAUAGUUUUGCUAAAAUUGGUCAUUAGUCUUUGCUGGUGUUGAAAUGAGACCUGUCACAAUCAUUUUUAAAAUGAAGUGUACACUGAAAGCAUGCCAAACUGCAAGGACUGGCAUUUAAUGAGGGAUUCUUCACUAUAAAUGUGCAUAAAGCACAAAAGACAGUCUGUGUAUUAACAGUUUAAUAACAUUUAAGUUUCUGAAGAGGGGAGGGAAAAAAACCCAAUGAACUUGCUUCAAUAAACCUAAAGCCACCCAAAUAUUCAGUGGCAUGGUCAUCUAGCAUUUAUAGAAAAUGCCUGAACCCAUGGGAGAUAAACUGGUCAUUCACACUAGCCAGUCAUCUGCAAGACCAUGCUGCUCACAAAUAUACAUUGAUAUACUGCCACCUUGCACAAGAUAUGCUGACAGGCACUGCCAUAAGAAAUAACCAGUCUGCUCCCCCAACUUUAAAUUUUGGCAUUUUCCUUUUCUCCUGCAUGCAUAACAGCUGCAAGGACACAUGCCACAUCCAUCCAGAGCUUGGUGUAAGGCUUGAAAGUGGCAGUAGAGAUCAGUGUUUGUAAAAUCCAGUUCUGUGCUUGAAAUCAUCUUUUAUUCACUGAGGCACAACUUUUCACUCCUACGUGUGUGAUAAACAUGUAACAAGAACUAUAUAAAAGGGAGGGGUGUCAUUAAAUGUAUCACAUGAAA